GGGGCGCUGGGGUGGGGGGCGGCACCUGGUGCCCCCUAGAGCCCGAGGGUUGCGCCGCAGGUGUGGAGGGUGGAGGGGCUGCCGAGAGGGCACCACUAGGUAUAUAGGGGGUAUCACCUGCGGCCCAGCGCUCAGUGUGAGCCAAGCCGGGGCAGGCAGGUACCAGGCUGGCCCUCAGCGGAGGGACACCGGCCGCGCAGCCCGGACCCCGGGUAGCAAGCGGGGUCCGGGGCGGCCUUUCUUGCCCGAACCCGGGUCCCUCGGAGCGAGAGGACCGAAGCCGCGGGCGUCGAGGCGGCCCCAGCCGCGGAGGCGGGGCGAGGGCGGGCCGAGGCCUCCGGACAGGUGCUGGGGGCGGUGCCCAGCCUGCCCCAGGGGCCGAGUCCCCAGGCCGGGGCGGGUCAGAGACGCGGCCCGUGCCGGCGACGCCUCGGAACCUGCGGGCGGCGGCGGCGGCGGACACAGAUACCGCGCAGGGCCCGGCGGAACCCGGCUCGGAGCAUCCAGACCUCGGCGCGUGCAGCUUCUGAAGCUUCGGGGCUGGACCCGCGCGGGCCCCGGGGCUCGAGAGCGGGGCCCUGGGGUCCCCCGAAGAGUGCGCCAACGAGCCCCGGAGCCCGGGCCCGGCGGGUCAGGACGCCGCAGCUAGGGACUCGGGGCGCCCCGGGCCCGGCAGCCACGGCCCGGGGGUCCCGGGGCACGGUCGCUCCGCGGUGACGGGCUCGGCCGGCCCCGGGCGCCCUCCCUCGCCGCCGCCCAUGGAGACGCCCAUCGAGCGGGAGAUCCGCCGGGCCUGCGAGCGCGAGGAGAGCCUGCGCCGCCGCCGGGGCCUGAGUCCGCGCCGCGCGGCCCGCGAACUCGUCGAGCUGCGCGUGAAGCCGGUGCUCUGCCGGCCCGACCCGGGCCCCGCGUGCCCGCGCGCUCUGGAGCGCGCACGGGCGGGCGCGCGGAUGCGGCGGGACAUCGAGCGCGAAGCUCACCGGCAGGCGGCGCUCGUGCGCCCCGUGGGCCCGGAGCCGCCUCCGCCGCCGCUGGGCGAACUUAAGCGCUUCUUCGAGACGGCCGGCAGCCGCUCCUCUCCGAAGGCGGUGGCGGCGGGGGGCAGCGCGGGCCCGCCCGGGGUGCCCGAGCGCGGGGGCCGCGCCCCGGGGCCGGCCCGCGCCCCGCCGCCUGCCGCGCCGUCGCUGCUGGAGCAGGAGGUGCGCGCGGCGCGGGAACGGGACCGGGAACUGCAGCGCCAGCGCCGCUGCAUCUACGGCACCGCAGAGGGCGCCGAGCCUGCGCCCAGCCUUGCGCCGAGCAGGGGCGACGGCAAGUUGGCGGUGAUCUGGCCUCCCCGCGGAACGAACGCGGAGAACGCCCCGGAACAGGACCAGCGGAAGCCUUGAGCCCGGAGCAGGCCGGGUCGCCCCAACCCAACGCCCACUGGACGCGCUCCCCCAAGAGGACGCCCAGCCAGCCGGCUGCGCCCCGGGAAGGUGGAACCGACUCCCUUGGAAUCUUUCUUAAAUGGACCCGUUUCUCCUGCAAAACUGUUAGGUCCAUUGGUAAAUGGACCGCCAAACCAGCGCACACGCGCCCCUGCUGCGGAAGUGACAGUCCGUCCCACCUGUCCAGCUCGCCCCUCCGAGAGGACGGGUCCCCACCGCGUCCGUCACCCCCAAUAAAGCCACCC